AACUCUCAAAAGUGAUUCUUGAUGUUUACAGGCCAUUGAAAGACAAGAGACGAGCUGGAACUCAAAGCUUAUUCCCAAGCCUCCUCCAUUUAGCCCUCUGUUCUUAGGCAACAGAUACCAGGUGUCCAGUAACACUCAAGUGAAGAUUACGCCUGAACCACACUUGCCAUUUUGCUACAAGAGUCCAGAAGAACAACAGCUCUUUGUUGAGAUCUACAUCAGGAAAAUGGCAGAGGAAAUGGAAUUCCUUAUUACAGAUGGACAGAAUGACACUGUCAUCUGGAGGGCAUCGCUGAGAUCAGGUGAUAUUAGUCUUUCUAGAAAUGUCUCUAAGAUCCCUUCAGGUGCAGCCUUCCUGAAGAAGCACAAGAGACAGCUUUGUUCCAGGAUGCGGCUGAACACCUCCAUUCUAGUAAAUUUAAACUCUCAAGGUGUGAUCAACAGUGAAGAAGAAGAGGAGGUGCAAGCUCAAAAUACAAACCAAAAAAAGAAUCGAUGUUUGCUGGACCUAGUUGAGAAAAAAGGGCCCAAGGCCCAAGAGAAGCUCUUUCAGGUCCUCCAGAAGGAAAACCCAUUACUUGUUGAAGACUUGCAGAAAGCUAAGUCCGGAUAAGCAGAUGGCUUUUGCUCCCAUUGCCAGACUAAGAGAGUGACAGGAGAGUCAGGAAAAAGGUGAGAUUUGUCAGUGCCUGAAUCCUGACCUUUCUAUGAAAAAAAUCCAUGAUACAUAGCAAUGCCAAAGCCUUCUGAGCCACCAA